CUUCUGGUCUUUCUCCCUCUCUGUUCUUUCCCUUCCCCCACUUUGCACCAGGGAAACUAAACUCUGGCGUGGUUUAAGCAGUUUGAGAACGAAUAAGAAAGAGGAAGAAGAAUCCAAUCCGUAUACAUUGGCUGGCAACUCUGCCAUGCCCUGACCUCUCUCCUCUUGAAAAGAAGCUUUCCUAAAGAGCAGGAGCCCUGUGAAUGGAGUGGACUGUCCAGAGUAUCCAGAUUUAUUCUGCAGCUCACCAGCCAGCGUUAGCUCUAAGGCGGACUGGCAGGUUGGAUUUUCUGAAGAUUUGGAUCUUGCUUCAGGGAGGAAACUCAAAAGAACCUUAAACUGUGAAGCUCCGAAGCAGCAGCUUGAGCAUACUCUGACGUUACAACGUAAGAACAGUGGCCACAAUAAGAAGGAAACUUUGUGAAGGGUACUGUGGUGCCAGAAAGAGGCACCAAGCAGACAUUCCUGGAGAACAUGGAUGCAGCUGAAAAUGUGACAGUAUCUUCUAUCAGUAACAACACAUGCCAUAACACAAUUGAUGAGUUCCGCAAUCAAGUGUACUCCACAAUGUACUCUAUGAUAUCUGUUGUAGGUUUCUUCGGCAACGGCUUCGUGCUCUAUGUCCUCAUAAAAACAUAUCAUGAGAAGUCAGCCUUCCAAGUAUACAUGAUUAAUCUAGCUAUAGCAGAUCUACUCUGUGUAUGCACAUUGCCUUUUCGUGUGAUCUAUUAUGUUCAUAAAGGCAAGUGGCUCUUUGGUGACAUUUUGUGCCGCCUCACCACCUAUGCCUUAUAUGUUAACCUCUAUUGUAGCAUCUUCUUUAUGACAGCCAUGAGCUUUUUCCGGUGUGUUGCAAUUGUUUUUCCAGUCCAGAACAUUAAUUUGGUUACACAAAAAAAAGCUAGGUUGGUGUGUGUUGGAAUUUGGAUUUUUGUGAUUUUGACUAGUUCCCCAUUUUUAAUGUACAAAUCUUACCAAGACGAGAAAAACAAUACUAAAUGCUUUGAGCCUCCCCGGGACAAUCAAGCUAAAAAAUAUGUUUUGGUCUUGCAUUAUGUGUCAUUAUUCUUUGGUUUCAUCAUUCCCUUUGUCAUCAUAAUCGUCUGUUACACUAUGAUCAUUCUGACCUUACUAAAAAAUUCAAUGAAGAAAAAUCUACCAAGUCGUAGAAAGGCUAUAGGAAUGAUCAUAGUUGUGACAGCUGCCUUUUUAAUCAGCUUCAUGCCAUAUCAUAUUCAAAGAACUAUCCACCUUCAGUUUUUACACAGUGAAACCAGACCCUGUGACUCUGUCCUUAGGAUGCAGAAGUCAGUGGUCAUAACCUUAUCUCUAGCUGCAUCAAAUUGUUGCUUUGACCCUCUGCUGUAUUUCUUUUCAGGUGGAAACUUUAGGAGAAGGCUGUCUACAUUUAGAAAGCAUUCUUUGUCCAGUAUGACUUACAUGCCCAAGAAGAAAGCUUCCUUGCCAGAAAAAGGAGACGAAAUCAGUAAAGAAUAAUUCAAGCUUGUCUCCAGUGCGGAACAAUGAAAAGAAUUUCCCUAAAAGGUGUUUUUUUUUUUCCAAAACUACAAUAAAAAAUAGUUUCCUAUUAAUAACUUACAAAUAAUUAUAUCUAUCUCAUCCAUAAAUUCUAUUAUUCAAUAUUUUAAGUGUUCAAACUUCAGUUUAUAACUGUGAACUAACCCACAGGGUUUUUUUUUGACCACUCACCACAAAAUGGAGAAUAUUUGUGGUCCUGAACUAUAAAACUAAGUAUGAAAUCAAGAUUUCUUUCCUCCUCAAAUAAAAAGGGUUACAAAGGCUAUGAGCUAGACUUUUGAGUCCAGGUUUUAAAUAUAGCUUUAAAAUUAGCAAAUAGUCAUCAGUCACCCUAACAUGGCCCUUUGCGUGAAUGCCAUCAGAUGAGAUCUGGAGAUGACCCGGGACCUACAGAAGUGUACAGUCACCUUUUUCCUUUGUAGUACUGACUAGCUAGGCAGAGUAGGACCCUAUCUUCCAGAAGAGAAUGUUCAAGGGCUAGAACAGACCAAUAUUCAGCCAAAUAGCUCCACAGGUUGCAUGCAAUUUACAAUGUGGAAACUAAGCAAGAUAAUGAUCAAAGGCUAGCUUGUCUCCAAUUCUCUUCAGCCCUUGACUCAAGCCGCUCCUCCCUGCAAAAGAAUGCUGUUUGUCCUACUCACUGAGUUUCAUAUUAGGAUUUCAAGCCUGACUCAACAUUUAAUUCUUCUUUAAUGAGUAAGGCAAUUGACAUUCCCACAUAUGAGCAGAAACAAACAAAAUUCAUCAGAAGAAAAGGAAAAACUCCUACCUUGCUACAUGAGUUUUAUUAGAAUCAAAAUUUACUGUCUAAAGUACCAGAAGAAAUUUUUUAAUAUCCACAUCAUUGUUUAAAUAAGUGCACGCAAAAAAAAUAAGUGCACGCAUUUUUGUAUAUGUAUAUAAAUAUGUGUAAUCUAUCUUUUUCUAUGAUAUGCAUUUAUAGUUAGCUAAUUAUAAGAUUUAUUGUAUUAUACUUCUUGCUUUUUAUUAGCAUGUUGAAAGUAAUAUCAUUUGUUUACAGUGAUUUUUUUGUAUUAUAGCAGAAGCUUUGUUCUUAAACCAUUUGAAAGAG